AUUAUACGCAAAAACUAAUUGACUUCUAUGGCAGCUCCAGACCACUUUGAAACAAGCGAUCAAGCGGGCAUUUGGGUGUUUGGUUACGGAUCGCUUAUUUGGAAACCUCCGAUUCAUUACGAGUCAAAAGUGAUUGGAUACAUUAAAAACUACGUACGAAGAUUUUGGCAGCACAGUGAAGAUCACCGCGGGACCCCUGAGAAACCCGGUCGAGUGGUGACUUUGAUCCCAUAUGAUGAAUGGAAAAAUAUUGAAGAUCCACACGGACACGAUGAUGUAACCUGGGGAGUUGCUUUUAAGAUUCCGUCUACUGAUGUCGAGGCUACACGAGCUUAUUUGGAUCAUCGGGAAAAGAAUGGUUAUACUGUGCAUGCAGUUGAUGUUUACACGGCCGAAAGCGCUGAAGUACCGGCAGUGAAAAAUGCACUGGUGUAUAUUGGCACGAUGGACAACGAACAAUACGUCGGACCAGCGCCCAUGGAGCAAAUUGCUCAACAGAUCUAUGAGACUUACGGCCCCUCUGGAUGGAACGCGGAGUAUCUGUUAAACUUGGCGGAAGCUCUGAGAGAAAUUUGUCCCGAAGCAAAUGAUGAUCAUUUAUUUGAAUUGGAGCGACUGGUGAAGAACCUUAUCGAUUCAGCGAACAGCAAUCGCAAAUAAUGACCAACGCAGAUCUCCUGUUACAUCACUCCACACUUCUUUUGCAAAAUAUUUUUUGUUUGCAGCUGUGUUAUAGAAUAUCCGCUGUAACCCUUAGAUACAGUUUCAUGAUCAAUCUAGCUUUGUAUUUAGAUUCCUCUUUCAAAUACUUGGUAUGG